UCACAGAAAUUUUCUUGUCCCACAUCAUCAUUUGAACCGACGUUGCAUUCUUCCCAUCCAUCACUUAAAAUUGGGACCAGGAACAAGGUUUCCGGUGCGUUCCACACAAAUAUCCCACCACCCAAUCACAACUCAAAGAAAAAUCGUUACUUGAUCAAUUUUCUUGAACUCAUAGCCAUCAGCCAUGGCUUCUCUGCUUCAGCUGGCAACUCUACCACUCCCUCACCAUCAAUCAGUUUCCCCAUCUUCAUCAUCAAAUCUUCCUUCGACCUCUGCUUCUGGCACGACUGGCUUUUCAAGAUUUCAGAAUUUUUACCCUUCUUCAGCUUUUCACCGCGGAAGAAACUGUAAUCUCAAGAAAGGUCUUAUCUGCCGAUCAUCUUCUAGUGAAGUCACAUUUAUUGAGCCACCUGAGAGUAAAGCGUCGAAAGAUGAGCUCAUUGGGUCUCUUAAGUUCAAGUUGUUGAGUGCUGUCUCUGGAUUAAAUAGAGGUCUUGCUGCAACUGAAGAUGAUCUGCGGAAGGCUGAGGCUGCAGCAAAGGAGCUUGAGUCUGCUGGAGGUCUGGUAGAUCUGUCGGGUGACCUUGAUAAACUACAAGGCAGGUGGAAAUUGAUCUACAGCAGUGCAUUUUCAUCUAAGACCCUAGGAGGUAGCCGUCCUGGGCCACCGACCGGGAGACUUCUUCCUAUAACUCUUGGCCAGGUAUUUCAAAGAAUUGAUGUCUUCAGCAAAGACUUUGACAACAUAGUUGAGCUGGAAUUAGGCGCUCCAUGGCCUUUGCCGCCUGUUGAAGUUACUGCCACUUUAGCUCACAAAUUUGAACUCAUAGGAAGUUGCAAGAUAAAGAUAACAUUCGAGAAAACAACCGUGAAGACUACAGGAAACUUGUCGCAACUGCCACCCCUGGAUCUUCCCCGUUUACCAGAUUCGUUUAGGCCGCCAUCCGACACACGAAGUGGUGAAUUUGAAGUUACAUAUCUAGACUCGGACACACGUGUCACUCGAGGAGACAGGGAAGAGCUGAGGGUUUUUGUUAUUGCAUAGACUUGGUCCUAAGCAAUUUUAGUACUAUGCUUUUGCAAUGACAAUUUUCAUUUCAAAUUAUUGUAUGUGCAUUUGUUGUAUAGAGAUGUGGAAAUGAAUACCUACGAAUUGUACUAAGGUCGCUCAAAGCUGCUUGUAAAGUGCGGAUCCCAUUACUUUCUGCUGCAUUCUGUUUGAAAUGAUAGUCGAAGAAAUAUAUCAUA